GACCUCAUCAGAGUGGUCUCAAUGGCAAGUUAUGAAAAGAGCAGCCUGCCCCUGUUUCCUCAAAUAUAUAGGAACAGAAUAACACUGUGACAGAACAUUUUAGACAACUCUAAUUUAGCUCAGCAUGAAAGCAUUUAGCAUCUUCAUCCGGGUGCCCAUCACCCUGCUGCUGCUGCUGCUGCUGCUGGAGAGCUCAUCAUGUACUGCUGACUCAAGUGUUGUGAAUCCCUGUUGUUACUACCCUUGUCAGCAUGCAGGAGUGUGUGUGCGAUUUGGCACAGCCAGUUUCAAAUGUGACUGCACUCGUACUGGAUAUUAUGGAGACAACUGCACUAUACCGGAGUUUUGGACCAGAAUUCGGCUCAUGCUGAAGCCCAGCCCCUCAGCGGCUCACUUCAUCCUCACUCAUUUCCAGUGGUUUUGGAGCCUGGUUAACAACUCUUUCCUACGAGACACCUUCAUGAGAUUAGUGUUAACAAUCAGGAGCAACCUUAUUCCAAGCCCUCCCACCUACAAUACCAAAUAUGGAUACCUCAGCUGGGAGUCCUACUACAACCUCUCCUACUACACCAGGCUCCUUCCUCCUGUACCUGAAGACUGCCCUUUGCCCAUGGGAGCUAAAGGUAAACCUGUUCUUCCUGAUGUCAAAGAGCUGGUAGAGAGAUUUUUCAAGAGACAGAAGUUUAGACCAGAUCCUCAGGGAACCAAUUUGAUGUUUGCCUUCAUGGCUCAACACUUUACCCACCAGUUCUUCAAGACAAACCUUGAAGUUCAAGGCGGUUUCACCAAGGGCUUGGGUCACGGCGUAGAUGCAAGUAACAUCUAUGGAGAAGAUCUUGUGAGACAGCAUCAACUUCGGCUUCAUAAAGAUGGAAAGCUGAAAUAUCAGCUGGUAAAUGGUGAGAUGUACCCUCCUGCAGUAUCUGAGGUCCCUGUUCACAUGGUGUAUCCUGAAAAUAUCCCUGCUGACAAGCGUCUGGCCAUCGGUCAGGAAUUAUUUGGAAUCCUGCCGGGUCUAAGCAUGUAUGCCACCAUAUGGCUGAGGGAGCAUAACAGAGUCUGUGACAUCCUGAAGGCAGAACAUCCCACCUGGGAUGAUGAGCAGCUUUUCCAGACCACCAGGCUCAUCAUUAUCGGUGAGAUCAUCAACAUUAUAAUAGAAGAGUAUGUGCAGCACCUGAGUGGCUACAUGCUGGAUUUGAAGUUUGACCCCUCCCUGCUCUUCGGUGAGCGUUUCCAGUACAGCAAUCGGAUUGCCCUGGAGUUCUGCCAGCUCUACCACUGGCACCCACUGAUGCCUGACAGCAUCCUCAUAGAGGGAGAAGAAAUCCCAUACUCCCAGUUUUUAUACAACACGUCCCUCCUGAUGCAUUAUGGGGUGGAGAGGCUGGUGGAUGCAUUCUCUCGGCAGCCUGCAGGACAGAUAGGAGGAGGUCGCAACUCUCACCAAGUGGUGCUUAAAGUUGCAGAAAUGGUCAUCACAGAGUCCAGAGCUGCACGUGUGCAACCUUUCAAUGAAUACAGAAAGAGGUUUAACCUGAAGCCUUACACGUCCUUUGAUGAAUUAACUGAUGACAGUGAAAUAGCCCGAGGUUUAGAAGAGCUCUACGGUGACAUAGAUGCGCUGGAGUUUUACCCAGGCACAAUGCUGGAGAAAGCUCGUGCUGAUGCAAUUUUUGGUGAGAGCAUGGUGGAGAUGGGUGCUCCCUUCUCUCUGAAAGGCCUGCUCGGAAACCCCAUCUGCUCACCUGAGUACUGGAAGCCCAGCACCUUCGGAGGCGAGACCGGCUUCAAUAUCAUCAAGAAGUCCACUUUGAAAAAACUGGUGUGUCUCAACACCAAGUGGUGUCCAUACGUGGACUUCCAUGUGCCACGAAAUGAGGAGGAGGCAAAACCGAGGAAACCAUCCACUGAACUCUGAAUUAUCAUCUGAAUUAUAAUCCUACUCAGACACGGUUUGUUGCUGUUCAUGAGAAGGGGGAAUGCUAUUACUACACAGGUUAACUGAGGGGGUUUAACCCUGCCUGCAGUUCUGUCUGUUAACUUUGUGAAGUUUAUCUGUCUUUUCACUUCAGAGAGAAUUUGGAUAUCGGCUAGUAUAAUUUUAAAUGUUUGACAAAGGAGGAAAUUAUGUAUUUCCAUAGUGCAAAAAAUAAAUGGAAGACACCGCAGAUUGAUAUUUUAUUUUUAAUUAAAAUAAGAAAUACUAAUAAACUGUUAAUUUUGACAAA